AUGUCCUCCAAGCUCGCCAUCUUCCCAGCCGCUGGCGGUCUCGGCGGCGCGACCCUGUCCCACCUGCUCGGCACUUGCAAAUUCGACCCCUCCUUACUCGUCCUCGUCGCUCGAUCCCCUUCCAAGCUCGAAGAAGACCGACAGCGCGGAGUCACUGUGCGCAAGGCGGACUUUGAUGAGCCUGCGAGCUUUGAGGGCGUAUUCGAGGGUGUACAGGUGCUAAACCUAAUCUCAUAUCCCAGUUUCCAGCACAAGCACCGCUUCAAGGUGUCCAAAGCCGCCAUUGACGCCGCAAUAUCGCAAGGCGUCACACACAUCUUCUACUCCUCACUCGCUUUUUCCUCCUCUACAUCCCCGGACAAAUCGCCCGCCUUCUCCCCACACGUCAUGCUCGCCCACCUGGACACUGAGGCCUGUCUCCACUCUCUCGCCAAAGCAUCUACCCCAACAUCCCCGUUCAGCUACACCGUCAUCCGGCAAGGUCUAUACAGCGAGUCCUUCCCCGUCUACACGGCCAACUUUGACCUCGGCGCCGCAUCCUCCAGCUCGGAACAGGACAUCCGGAUCCGGAUCCCGCAUAACGGAGGCGGACCUGGUAUACCUUGGGCGAAGAGGGAUGAGCUUGGCGAAGCUACCUCUCGGCUGCUAGCGUCCUACAUAUCCAAUCCGAAGGCAUUCCCUCACAUCAACGAGUCCAUCACCCUCUCCGGUCCCAAGGCGUACACGCUCUCUGAGACGGCGGAGGUAUUCUCGAGAGCCACGGGAAAGACGGUCAAUAUUGAGGAGGUGUCGGUGGACGAGUAUGUGGGGAAGAAGGGAGUCGGGUAUGGGAGUACGGAUACGAAUCAGUCGACCGAGAUGGACAGGUUGUGGGCAACUGCGUUUGAGGGCGUGAAGAGGGGAGAGGCGGCGACUGUCACGGGGGAUCUGCAGAAGUGGCUGGGAAGGGAGCCGGAGGCGUUCGAGGAGACAAUACGGGGGAUGCUAUCUAGGUGA